ACAAUGUAGCGCUGGGAGCUUCCGCUGCGGAGACUCCGCUGGCAGGUGGCGGCUGUGGGGCGCCUGGGGUGGGGGCUUUGCUGGGGGUCCGGCCGCGCCCCGCUCUGCUCUGCUCCCGCGGCCCUGGGAAGGCCGUGUGAAGCCCUCCCUGGGCAGCAUGGUGCUGGGGGGUUUCAAGGGCCCCUGGCUGGCCUUCUAUGUGGGCAUCGUGAUCGGCUUCCUCAGCACUUUCUACCUGCUCAACGGCCUGCUCUGGCCGCAGCCCCCGGGCCCCGAGAGCCAGACACCCCACCCUGAUGUCGACUCCUUCUGGGUCGUCCAGCACCUGGCGCUCCUCAGCACUGGCCACCCGCACCUCUCAGGGGAGGUCAGCGUCACCGCGGCCGAGCUGUACAGCAAGGUGCGGAUCCUGUGCUGGGUCAUGACGGCCCCCAGCAACCUGGAGACCAAGGCCCGGCACGUCCAGGCCACGUGGGCGCGGCACUGCAACGUGGUGCUCUUCAUGAGCUCGGUGCAGGACGACGGCUUCCCCGCCGUGGGGCUGGACACCAAGGAAGGCCGGGACCAGCUGUACUGGAAAACCAUCCGGGCCUUCCAGUAUGUCCACCAGCACCACCUGGAGCAGGCCGACUGGUUCCUCAAGGCGGACGACGACACCUUCGUGGUGCUGGACAACCUGCGCUGGCUGCUGGCCAACCACACGCCCGAGGCGCCCGUCUACUUCGGGAAGCGCUUCAAGCCCUUCGCCAAGCAGGGCUACAUGAGCGGCGGGGCCGGCUACGUCCUCAGCAAGGAGGCCCUGAGGCGCUUCGUGGAGGGCUUCAGGACCCAGGUGUGCAGCCACACCACCUCGGUGGAGGACCUGGCGCUGGGCCAGUGCAUGGAGAAGAUGGGGGUGCGGGCGGGGGACUCCCGGGACGCCGCUGGGCGGGAGACUUUCCACCCCUUUGGGCCCGAAUCCCACCUCACCGGGAAGUUCUCCAAGAGCUUCUGGUACUGGAACUACUGCUACUAUCCCAUUGUGGAGGGCCCCCAGUGCUGCUCCGACCUGGCCGUCUCCUUCCACUACGUGAGCCCCGAGCUGAUGUACACCCUGGAGUUCCUGACCUACCACCUGCGGGCCUACGGCUACCGUUACCGCUACCAGCCGCCCCUGCCGGAGAACGCUGCCCGCCUGCUGCGGCGCCGGGGGCGGCCGAAGGUGGCCAAGGCUACGCUGCUGGUGCAGGGCACCAAGGGACUAUAGGGGGGCUGGGAGGCGGCAGUCGGUCCGGGGUCGAGCGUCCAGAGGCUUUGUGCCUGAGGUGAGGCGGGCACCCUGGGCGAGCCGUGGCCGGGAGCCACGUGGCAGCCCCUGGACUGGAUGAGGGCGCGGGGUGUCUCGGUCUAGCUCCCGUCCCAGUUGGCACUGACUGACCCCCUUGCUGGUAGAGGGGCGGAGGGAUCCCACAUAGAGGGUCCCCUCCAGGGCAGGGGAAGGCUCAGUCCAUGGGCCCUGGGGGCUUUAUAAUGGGGAGGUGGUAGGCACUGUCCCAAGGAGUGAGGGGGCGGGGAGUAGCCAACUCUCCCCCCUUACCCCGCAGAGGGGCCUGGAGGGUGUGAGGUCUGAGGAGGGCACAUUUCCCCCUUGUGGGGGGGAGGAGGAGGAGCUGGGAUGCCAUGAUGGGGGCACAUGGGGUGGCAUGUGAUGGGGGUGGCAAGGAGUCCUGGGGGCAGGGUCUGGCUGGGCUGGAGAGGGCGCCGGGGAGAGAGGCCCUUGGCAGUGGGGACGCUGAGGCGGGCAGGCAUGCGAGAGGCAGAAGCGCUGCCCUUGGCUGGAGGUCCCCGACGCAGAGGUGCCCGGGCCCGACCAAUCGCAAAUUGUGGGCAGAGAGAGACCCCGUGGCAAGCCACGGGCAAUACCACUACAUGGUGAGGAGGCCACGGGUGAUACCGCCGCCUCCAGAUUUGGCUGGAGCCCUGCCACGGAUCAGUCUACUGCAUGGUGAGGGGGGCCACGGGCAAUACCACUGCGGCGUGAGCUGGAGCCCUGCCAGAGAUCAUACCAGUACGGGUGAGCAGGCCACGGAUCAUACCACUGCGUGGUAAGGGGAGCUAUGGGUGAUACCACUGCCGACUAAGUUGGAGUGCUGGCCACGGAUCAGACCAUGGCAGGUUGAGGGGGCCACAGGCUGAGCUGGAGCCCUGCCACGGAUCAUACCACUGCACGGCAAGCAGGAGCUCGGCAGCAGAUGGCACCACUUCACAGCCUCACUUGUGGCUUCUCUUUGUUUUUUGAAAUGCCCGUGGCAGCCCCCCACCGCCACGUGGUGGACGGGAGCAGGGGGGUCUCCUCACUGUCCUGAGGGGCUGAGUGGGCUGUGGGGUGAAUAAACACUGCUUUGUUUUUUUUAAAGAGAAGAGCCGUGACCUGGUUUUAGCUUCCCCUCCCUGGCUCCCGCCGCUGUGUCUGGGCUCUGUCUGUGGCAGCACCCAGGGCUGAGCGGGUGCUGACCACGGUGCCCAUAGGGCCCAGCUACGCCCAGCCUCAAUGGGUGGGUUGAGCCCAGCCCGGAGGCACCUGCACGCGCCAGCCAGGGGUGACUCCUUGGCCUGGCAGGGUCAGAGCAGGCAGCUGCUGGCAUCUUGCUGGGGGUGGGGUUGGGGUUGGGGCUGCAGACAGGGCAGGGGAACUUGGCUGGCAGGGUGGGUGCAGGGGACCAGCCAGCUGAUCAGCGCCAUGCGGGACAGGUUCCCUGCACCCACUUUGUGGCUGGGGUCAGACUCCAGGCUGUGGCUCUAGGUGCUUCCCCUGACUCCCACCCCCCCCCACACACACCCCCCCCAGCUGAGGUGUUUGCGCAACAGGGCCUGAGCUGGACGCUUCUUGUCCAGGGGCCUGGGCCUGGGCCUGGGUCCCAACCCGAGCAGGGCAGCCUUAGCCCCGGAGGUGUGGAGACAUUAACCCCUUCCCCCCCAGAGUUGAGUCCGCCUACGCUUUGCAAUGUGGGAAAGACGUCAUGGCCCAAAUGCAGCUGGCUCUGGGGUGGAGGGCGGCGGCUGCACGGCAGGGCUGGGAGGUGAAGGGACGCCAGGGGGUGAGAUCUGUGCUGCCAGCCGGAGGGGAAGAGGUGGUGGUUCACAGUUAACUAUGGCUGUGCCGGCUGGAAGGUUCAGUGGGGGAACGGCUGGGUAAGGACACGUGCCUCCGUGGGAGGGAGCUGCUGGCACUUUGCUCCGUUCUUCACCCCCCCCCAUCCCUGCAGUUCUUAAGUCUCUAGGGGGUGGGAUAAGGGGGUGUGAUCGUUGCAGAGUCCCUGAGGGCAGGUGUGUGCAGGGGUCUGGACACAGGGAAUGGCCGACACCCUGUCUCCUGGCCACUGAUGGCCUGGCCCUUCCCCCCUGCAAGGUGAGAGCUAAAGGGUUGGAGAACAAAGGAAUCCGGUGCCCUCCUGGCCCGGGAAAGGAACAAAGCCCAGAGGAGGAGGGGCCGGAGGGAGUUUCAGUUUGGGGCUGGCUGGGGAUGAGGAGUGCAGACGUGGUUGUCUGGCUCCCUGCCCCCCAAAAUGGACCCAGCUGAGGGGUCCUGUUCUCUGCACCUAUAAGGUCUGCUUUAGACCAUGUUCCUGUCGUCUAAUAAACCUUCUGUUUUACUGGC